AUGGCGCAGAGAGCGGCCCGCACGGCUGCGGAUGAGCUAGCCAACGCCGCCGCCCGCGGUGAUCUGCAACGGGUGAGGGAGCUGCUAGACGGCGAGGCCGACCCCAAUGCUGUCAACUCCUUCGGCCGGACCCCCAUCCAGGUGAUGAUGCUGGGCAGCCCGCGGGUGGCCGAGCUGCUGCUGCAGCGCGGCGCCGACCCCAACCGGCCCGACCCGCGCACCGGCUGCCGCCCCGCACACGACGCGGCCCGCGCCGGCUUCCUGGACACGCUGGCGGUUCUGCACCGCGCCGGGGCGCGCCUCGAUCUGCCCGACGGCCGCGGCCGCCUCCCCCUCGACGUGGCGGCCGGGGGCCCGCACGGCCCGGUCGCCUGCUACCUGCGGCGGCCGCCGGCGCUGCCGCGAGCCCCCCUCCCCUGA